AUGUUCAGAUUAGGCACACAAAGCGCAUUUCUUAGGGGAUCAAUUAGGAAGAUAGGACGUUUGCAACAGCCAUCAAGAUUGCAAUUUCUAUCAACAGAAGUAAAGCCUGCUAGAAAGCAAAGAAAGCAUCCGUUUUGGCAUGGAAUUGGUGUCACUAUAAAGUUGGGCUUUUAUUCGUUUGUUAUUUACACCGCAGGUGCAACUAUCGCUUUAAAUAAUGAUGAUGUUGAAGAUUACUGGGUGCAGUACGUUCCAGGUGGAAAGUCAUAUAUGGACAGGUUGUAUGAUGUGUGGAUAAACCGUAGUGAACUUGGCGAAAGAGCAAGUAAUGGUGUGAUUGGUUUAGGAUAUAAAUUAGGUCUUGACAAAUACACAAAAUUGCCACCGAAGAAAGAUAUCGGCUCAUGGCCGGUGGCCAAUCCACCAAUUGCUGAUAUGGAUGCAAAGCCAGAAUCAUCAGAGGCUCAUUUUGAUGAACUACCAACACGUAUUGGUAGUAGUACUGAGGCAAAAAGUUCUGAAGCAAAGCAAGCUUACGCAAAAGCUUCUGCUGAAGCAAGAAAGGCUAUCAGCGAAGCACAGGUGCGUUAUGAAUCAAAAAGGCAGGAGCUUUUGAAAGUUCUCAAAGACAAGCAGGAUGAAUUGCAACGGCUUAUUGGUUCAGCAAAGAAUUCUGGCAGAUCACCAACUUAUAAAUUGAGUGAGAUAAAUUUGAAAACGGAUGAUAAAGAUGUGAACGACCUCAUCAAAACAAUUAACUCUUUGAUUAAGGCUCUAGGUAAGAAAAGCACCCCUGUGGAUAUUCAGAAGGAGGUCGACCAUAUCAGUGAUUCAGUCUCUGCCCUUUUCAGCAAGUAUUCCGACACAAAAAAGGACAUGAGUAAGGCUGCUCAAGAUAGCGUUUCGGAAAUUAAAAGAAAUCUUGAGAAGAAGUACAAGGAUGAAGUUGCAAAGCACUCUGAGGAUCUCACCAAAGAAUUGACAAAAACACUUGAGGAGUCUAAGAAGGAAAUGGAACAAAAAUACAAUGAGAGAUUGAAAUUGGAUGUUAGUGAGGCUGCGAAGGCUAUUAUUGAGGAGGCAGAUAAUGUUAUUGCCCGUGUCAAGGUUAACUCUGCUCAGUAUUUGAAGGAGGUGGUUGCUAAACGAGUUGAAAGUGAAAGAAAUGGAAAGUUGGCAAAUUUGAAUGCUCUUGAAGAAAGAGUAAAGCAGAUAGAAAAGCAGGAGUUGGAAUUGUCAAGUGCUGCGGAAACAAUGAUUGGCUUUAGAAAGAUUAAUUCUUCAUUGGAUGCUAUUAGAAAUAUAUUAUAUUCAAACACCCCUUCCGAAAAAUGUGGACAAGAGCUUGUGAAACGCAUUAAUACACUCAGAAAUCUCACUAAGCCGCUAAAGAAUGAUGUGAUUAACUCUGCACUAUCUUCGCUUCCAAGUGAUCGCACCCUUUUAAAGACUGGAGGAGUUCUUACACAAUCUCAACUCAUUUCAAGAUGGGAGACCUUGACCCCUGAAAUUAGAAAAGUGUCCUUGGCGCCACCUAAUUCUGGAGUCUUAGGUCAGAUUUCUUCUUUCUUGUUCUCGAAGCUACUCGUGCAGAAGUCUGGGGUUCCGGAGAAGUCGGAUGAUAGCAUAGCCGGAAGUGAUGUAGAGUCUGUUCUUGCUCGUGUGAAUGAUGAUUUGGUUAAGAACAAUUUGGAUAGUGCCGUUGAAGAAGUUGCCAAUAUGAAAGGUUGGCCAAGAAGAUUGGCCAAUGAUUGGCUUGAAGAGAGUAGAAAGAAGCUUGAACUCCAAUUUUUGGUUGAAGUGAUUGACACAGAAAUAAGGGUCAUUUCCUGA